AUGACAACAGAUAUCUGCGGCGAAGACGUUAUUGUCCGCUUAUCAUCACCUCAAAUUAUAUCUACAGAGACCAUAGUAGCAGCUUCGUCACAAAACAAUGUCAGCGGGUCUGGAAAUGUGGCAACCAUAUCGGGGGCCCGAAUGCAGGCGGGCGGUGUGGAGCUUGGUCGCCGGUUGUUAUUAGCUGCCAGAGCCGGAGACACUGCUGCAGUACUGGAUCUUAUGGCUAAAGGAGCUCCGUUUACUACAGACUGGCUGGGCACGUCGCCACUGCACCUCGCUGCUGCUAACAACCAUGUAGAAACUUGUGCUGUGCUGUUACGAGCUGGAGUCAGUAGGGACUCUCGUACUAAGGUGGAGCGCACGGCUCUACACUUAGCGGCGCACGCGGGGCACGCGCGUGUCGUGGCGCUGUUGCUGGACCACGGCGCCGCUGUUGACUGCCGCGACAUGCUGCGCAUGACGCCGCUGCACUGGGCGGCGGUGCGCGGGCACGCGGGCGCGGCGCGCGAGCUGCUGCGGCGCGGCGCCGACGUGCGCGCGCGCUGCAAGUUCCGCAAGACGCCGCGCUGCCUGGCCGCGCGCCGCGCGCGCCGCGACGUGCUGGCGCUGCUGGACGAGGCCGGUGAGGCUCCUCGCUGUUCUAUCUGGGCCGCUACCUAUGUCGGAGCGGCGAGUGCGGCGGUCGCGGAGGGCGAGGCGGCGGCGCUGCUGCGCGCGCACGGCAUCACGCUGCUGCCCGCCGACCGCGGCUGCACCGUGCUCUCCGCGCUGCGCAGCGGCCGCACCGUCGUGCUCUCCGAUGCCGGCAAGCUGAUGCUAAAAGAAAGUGGUCAUGGCAGUGCUAAAACAGAACCUCAAAUCGUUUUAAGUAAUACACUUGCCUCAUCUACGGCCAACGCAAGUGUCAGUGAAGCUACCACGAUGGACAUUAGUACGAAGAGCGUGGGGAGUGUGGGUAGUGGGGGAAGUAUUGGCAGGGUGGGUAGUGUAGGCAGUGUGGGUAGUUUAGGUAAUGUAGGUAUUGUUCGCGGUGUGAAUACUUCUACAGUACGCGCGGUGCGUCCCGGACGAAAUAUCAAAGUUGUGACGCUCAGUAAAUCUCAACCACUGAAGAAAGUUAUACAUCCGAGUGAUUUGCAGCAGGUGAAGCUAGUAUCGGCGGGGGGCGUGUCCAAGCGGCCGGCGCUCAAGCUAGUGCUCAACAAAGUCAACCUGCAGCGACUGCUCGCACCCACCACCGACGUGGCCUCACCACUCACCACCGUCAGUACCGACCACCAUGUACCUUUAUGA